AUGCCUCCAAAGCGCAUACGGCGAGCCUCUCCUGGCCCGAUUGGCCUCUCUGCUGGCGAACGUCUCAAGCGUGCAAAACUCACAGGAAAUGUCGCCUACUCUGCUUGGGGCUGGGUGGGGACGGAGGUGACAGAUGUGGCCGGGAUUUCAAACGAGCACAGACUAGCGACCUGCGGCUUCUCUCGGAACAGCAAUUACUCCCUAUGUAGUAACAAGCACGUCGAUAAACGCAAAACUCAAUCGCCGCCAACGCCAAAGGUCAAUGGCCACGUCGAACUGGAGGCAGCGGAGGAGCAGGCAGGCGAUAUCAUUGUCAUCUCAGACGAUGAAGGGCCGACGUGCAGUAGUAAAGCAUGCAAGCAAAACCCAUACUGCCUGAACUAUCUGGGUCAGGGCAAGUGGGAGGAUGCCGAGGAUGCCUACGAGGAGUAUCUAAAGGUAUAUGACAUCGGAGAAAACCCCAUGCUCGAUGCCCGAGAUGGACAAACACCCAUUGGUCUAAAGAACCUGGGAGCCACUUGUUAUGCCAAUGCCUAUUUACAGGUAUGGUUUCAGGACAUACCGUUCCGCAAGGGCGUGUAUGAAUGUCAACCUGCACAAGACGCACAGCAUCCAUUCGAGGAGUCUCCCAUCUUCCAGCUGCAGGUCACCUUUGCCGCCAUGCAACAUAGCGAGCUGAGUGCGUUCAACCCCGUCAAGCUCGUGGAAAGCUUGAAGCUACGGGCCUCAGAGCAACAAGACGCUCAGGAAUUCUCGAAGCUUUUUAUGGCGCACCUGGACACCGAGUUCAAGAAGCAGCAGAGCCCAGACCUUCGGUCGCUAAUCCCCGAUCAGUUCCAGGGUAGGCUAGUAUACAACACGGUGUGCCAGCACUGCCACCGCCGUUCGGGGCGAGAUUCUGACUUUCUAGAGAUCGAGGUCAACCUGGAGAACAAUGCCACUCUGGAGGAACGUCUAACAGCACUUUUGGAACCCGAGACACUAUCCGGGGAUAACAAGUACUUCUGCCAACAGUGUGAUAAUCUGCAAGAUGCGAAGCGAUUCACCGAAUUGCACGACCUUCCACCGGUCUUGCACUUCUCUCUGCUCCGCUUCGUCUACGACUUCGCGUCCAUGGAACGCAGGAAGUCGAAGCAGACCAUCUUAUUCCCGACUUGCAUCGACAUGGACAGAUUCGUGGGGGAUGAAGACACGCGCAAGCAGUGCGGGCAGCGGCACGCGAAGGAGAGCAAGAAUUUGUAUGCGCUUCGGGGCAUCCUCCUGCACAAGGGCGCCAGCGCGUAUCAUGGGCACUACGAGGCGCAAGUCUUCGAUGUGAAGAACCAGGCGUGGUACCAAUUCAAUGACGAGACAGUCACGAAGAUCGAGUCUCUCGUUCCCAAGCUCGAUGCAGGCAAGAAGGGGAGCAAAGGGUCGAAGAAGCCUGCCACCCAACCUCCCAAAGGUCGCCCGCCCAAGAAGCGUCGGCGCAUCGACGACAGCGACAGCGAGAUUGAGAUCGUUGAGAGCUCUGAGCGAUCUCAGCGGGGCGAAGGAUCGCCCGCGAGGGAAGGUCCAGAAUACAUCUCGUCCAAGGACGCGUAUAUGCUGGUGUAUGCACGCGUAGACCACCCAUCUCGUCCCGGGCCAUGUCAGCCGGCCAACGGCCACGCCUCGAACGGGGCUUCACAGACAGAUGACCGUCAAGUAAAUCCCCCACCAAGAGCAUUAGAGGUCGUGAACAGACUGAACGCUGUGCAUCGUAAGGCUCGCGAAGACUACACUAAACGCGAGCGGGAAGCAAGGGAACGGUUCGAUCGAAUACGAAGCAUUGUUAGGGACAUCUACCGUACCUGGAAUGUUGAGUCUCGCGACGAGGAAUGCGUCGUAGUCAGUCGCCAAGCGUUGGAGGCAUGGCUGUCCCGUCACGUCGCUCAGCCGAAAGCUUCCAAGACAUCCCCGAUGACUUCUCCUGGACCUUCUAAGGAUGCAGUACCCAAAGCAGAGGAGACCGCGUCAUCGACCUCCUCAGAAGCAGGUCCCUCCGCAGUCACGAUUCCGGUGUCUGACGUUGUGUGCUCCCACGGGAAGCUCGACCCUGAGAAGGCCCACGACAUGAAGGUCAUUAAGGCGGCUUUCCAUUCGCGCAUUGCCGGAGAGGAUGACUGUCUUCUAUCGCCGAGGCUGACGACCCAGGAUGUGUGCGCGACGUGCGUGCAACGCAUGUUCACAGAGAAGCUGUACCAAGUGGAGCACCCACAAUUGGUGUCGCAAUUCGACGACGUGGUUGCCUUGGAGGGCGACGAGGAUGGCUACUACAUCUCAAAGGCAUGGCUGAAGGACUGGCGGCUCGCGCGGCCCAAGAUGCACGUGGAGGGCGCGACCGACCCGUCGCCCGAUGCGGAAGAAUACCUACGAGAUGUCGUGUGCGAGCACGGUGGUCUGGCCACCAACCAGGCUGCGCGGCGACGAAUAUCCGCAGAGGCAUGUGCGAUUUUACAGGAGCUCUUCCCGAACUGGAGGCCUCCAUCAACGUCGACCGAGCCUUGUGCCGUCUGCGAAGCGUUGCUUCACAUAUCCAAGGAAGACAAACGCGAGUAUCGCAAGCAGGCAGAGGAAGAGAAGGCCAGACUGAAGCAUAUGCACGACAACGCGCUCAAUGGGCUCACAGCGCUGCUGGAAGAUGUUCCCUGUGCUAUCGUACCGUCACAGUUUGUGCGCGCGUGGCGGCAGUGGGUCAUGCGGCCAGGCGAGGUUUCUCGUCCAGAGACGGUGGAUAACUCAUCAUUUGUAUGCGAGCACGGUCAGCUGGCUUUCAACCCUAAUGUCCCCGGAGACAUGGACACGUCGAUGGCGAUCGUGAGACUAAGCGACUGGAGCGCUCUCAAGGAAUUGUAUUCCGCCGGACCACUGAUUGCCAUCGAAAAUACCGGCGGGAAGUACAUCCAUGAUCUGCCGGUAUGUCUAGACUGUCGCUUGAAGAGGCGCACCUCGUUCGAGAUGACGGAGGUUACUAUCCGUGUUCUGGGCCCUAGCGAUCCUACCCCAACACCCCAGAACUAUAGCGAUGAACCACUCCCACACUCUCCAACGAAACCGGUUCAGACGACCCUGCACAAGUACGGCAAGCGACAGAACGAGGGCUCUCGCAAGUCGAAGCGUAUACGGCAGGUCCGAGAGUACGGUAAGCGGCGGAGGAUCACUAUUACCAAGGCGAUGUCAGUAAAGGAGCUGAGAGUCAUGUUGAGCGACGAGCUUGGGAUCCCCGUCAUCUCCCAGCGCCUUUUCUACCGCGGCCAUGAGCUGAAUGACAGUUCGGCUACUAUGCUGUCUUUAGGGAUCUUGUCGAACGACCUCCUCGACCUCAAAGAGGAGAGCGAGGACAUCACUAUAUUAACUGACUCAGACAACGAAGCGCCUACUGGGGAGAACGGGAAGAAGAAGCGGACGGAGGGUCAGGCGUUCGGUGGCACCCUCUUAGGCGGAAACUCGCUUUCCUCGGCACCCUCGUCGAGUCAGUCCCUUGCUCCCCUGUCUACUGCGUGUCCAGCCUGUACGUACGAGAACGGUGCUGCGGACGUGGCGUGUGUGAUGUGCGAAACGCCAUUACCCAAUGCGAGCUAG